GUUAUGACUGCUGCCCCUGCAGUCAUAUUUCAGGCACUUGGCAACCUGUUUGCUCUUAUGAUUGAUUGCUAAAUUCCUUGUGAUCAUGUGAUUGUUAUUUGCAAUUUUCUCUGCUGGCUUCUUCAGAAAGUCAUUGGAGAAUCUGGCAGGCUGGAGAAAGGAAGCUCUGCUCUUUAUGAUCUGAAUUUCCUUUCCCCACCCUGCCACUGCAAUUCCCUUCUGUGCACAGAGAUGAGUUGCCCGCUGUCCUUUGGUAAGCAGCUCUUUCACUCCGUCCACUUAACAAGCCAUGUAGUUGCCCAAUGAAGAGCUGGGAUUGCAUUUGUUGAGUGAAGCAAUCAUGUGGACAUCUUGCUUAAUGAUUAUUUUGCCCAAUGACCAAAACUCUGGUCCCAAUUGUGACUGUAAGUUGAGGACUACCAGUACUAUAGCAACAUUGCCCUUUGGCAUAAAAUUUAUAUAACCAAUUGACUAUGACUACUUGUUAACUACUGUUAUUUAAGGUAACAGAGCUAUUCCCUAACAAGAUAUUCACCAGAAUAGUUUUAACUACUGACAAAUUUCUUAAAGUACCAUAUAAUAUGAAUAGUCUUCAUUUACAAAUUGCAAGUGGGAUAGUAACUCAGUUAUUAAGUGGGGCAACCACUAGGUGCAAUCACAACUGUGGUUUUGAUCUUCCUUCAGCUUUCCUUUGAUUUACAGACCUGUGAAGGUCAUAAAUAUGAGGUUUGGUCAUAAAAAUAUUUUUUCAUCACUAUUGUAAUUGUAAAUGGUUGCUAUCCAAGACAAUCACUGAACAAUGACCACUUGUAUGUGCUUCUGUGUUCAAAUAAAACUAUAGAACAUAUUUGAUAUUAUUGCACUGCCCUACUUCUGUCCAUGGCAAAUCGAGGAAACUAUGUUAUUUAUUUGUAGCCCCCCUUUAUUAUUUUUACAACUCACUCAUUCAUAUCCAACAAACCUUCCACCUCGUUUUCCCCACAACAACCUGUGAGGUGAGUUGGACUGAGGGAGAGUGACCAGCCCAAGCUCACCAGUUGGCUUUCAUGGCUAAGGUGGGACUAGAACUCACCAUCUCCUGGUUUUUAGUUUCAUGCCUUAACCACUAGACCAAGCUGGUGCUUUUUGGUCCAAUUCAGUCAACAUUUAAUAUUUGAUGAAUUCAGAUGGGGGGGCCAUACUAUGGAAGCUGGCAAGCUUUGCUCAAGUAACGAAACCCAUUAAUGAUUUUAUUGAAAUUAUUAACUUUUUACUUUUCUAGUUAAUGUAGAAAUAUUGCCCUGUAUGUUUUGGUUACUCUUACAGAUUCUGAUGUAUUUUAAUUAUGAUUGGUUAUGUUUUUACUUAACUUUCAUACUGAUUAUUAUAUUCUGUUGUGGUUGAAACAAUAAACAAAAUGAACUCGCUUAGAGCUCCACACUGUUCUAAUUAACUCUGAGCAGAUUACAAUUUUUCUUCACAGCAAUGAACUUAUCUAUAUAAACCCUAACAAUAUAAUAGGUAAAAUGAGCUCUUUAAAAAAAUCCUCAUUAACAAGCAUCCACAUUAUCACAUUAAUAAUAAAAUUUCCUGGUGUUUCUUCCAUCUCCAGGGGCGGAUAAUCACAGUCUCUUUCUAUCCCUGUGGAAAAGCCAGGUCCUUGCAGUCCUCCAAAAUAUCCAGAGAUGGGGGGGGAGUCCAUCUUGACUUCUUGGGGUUAGCUCCUCUAUAGGAAAAAGACAUAAAUGGAUGAGAUGUUCACAUUCCUUCACAAUUUCAGGACCUUUAAAGCUUUGGCUGCCCUGGCCUAAAAGUCUGCUCAGUUUCGGUGUUAUAUUUUCUUUGGAUUCAGCAGCUGUUAAGCAUUUCUUAGACUUCUAAAAAACCCCUCUGAACCUUUAUUGCCCUUCACUGACAUGACAGCCUGAAAUAUGGAACAAGCCAAUCCACAUUUUAGCCUUGUCACUUAUGGAAACUCAAGCCGUGUGGUUAGUUUAUGGUUGCAUAUGUCAUACAAGACGCAGAAUCGGAUUAACCGAGAGAGAGGAGUGUGUCAUGGGAACAGAGUCCGUCAAAAGUGAUUCUUAGGCAAAGUGUCUGACUGAAAUACCAUGACCCGUUUGGCAAUUAUUCUUGGAUGAAAGGAGCUACUUAGAUCUGUUGUACUGUUGGCUUUCGGCCCAGUUUACAGACCGUGCAAGGAAAUCAGGGCUGUAUGAAUAUAAAAUCUACAGCAAACUUACUGAUUGUUCCCCGGAGCUAUGUGCUGAUGUUUAUAUGGACUUAAACUACAGAACAAAAUGGGACCAAUAUGUUAAAAAUGUACGUGAGAAAACUCAGGAUGGCAAAACAGCUAUCUACUGGGAAGUGAAGUUCCCCUUCCCCUUGGCAAACAGAGAUUAUGUUUUUGUUCGUGAGCGUCAAGAUAUGGAGCUUGAUGGGCAGAAGAUCUAUGUUAUAUUGGCUAAAAGUGUGAAUACUGUUAAAUUCUCAGAAAAGCCUGGGAUUGUUAGAGUAAAGAAUUUUAGACAAGGUGUGGCCUUUGCAAGUGAUGGCAAGAAAGGGUGCAAAGUUUUCAUGACCUAUUUUGAUGAUCCUGGUGGAAAGCUUCCUUCGUGGGUUGUCAACUGGGCAGCUAAGACUGGAGUUCCCAACUUCUUGAAAGACAUGCAGAAAGCUUGCCAGAGUUAUCGUAAGAGAUAAACAGCUCUUUGUAUUCAAUCUGAAGGACUGAUAGAUAUACUUUCCAAAAUUGGUCAUCAAUGUGGAUAUAGACAUCACUGAAUAACAGCUGCCUUUGAGGAUGGUAAUCAUGAGCCAUGGAAGCUUCCAGGCAUAUGAUAAUGGAACUUAUUAAACUUUUCAUUUUCCAGUCACGCCUUUCUUUUAAUUUUGAUGGCUUGAAAACACAGUGAAAGUGUUUGUGUCUCUCAACAUAACCUAAUAAUCUUCUUUGAGCUAAACUCUGAUGUGACAUGUUACCUUGACAUCAGAGGCCGGAGAAAUUGAGCCAGCGGUGGAAUCAGUGCUGGGUUAAAGAGUUGAAUACACAGAGCUUAUCCCACGAAUUAAACCUGUUGGAGCAACUCAGUACUUUGAACUCAAGUCACUGCUUCUUUUUCUAAUAUCAGCUUCAAAUAGAGAAAUCUAUUCUAUAUUUCUUUCACUCAAAAAGGCUGUUGACCCUCGAAGCCAAUUUCCUCAUGACAUGAGCAUCUUCCACAGGCAUCCAUAGGAUCCAAUCCUAUCAACAAAGCAAUAUAAAAAGUAUGGUAUAAUGCAAGCUGCGCCUCUUUCUUACUUUUGUGCAACUUCAUAAUGCACCUAUAUAAGGUGCAGAGCUUAUAUAAUAACUUUCAAUCUUGCUUUUGUCAUUGCCUUCAUUGACUCCCCUCCCCCCCCAGUCUAUGUACCUUUAAGAGCAGCAAGAAUAAAUAGAGCAUAUUUUUAUCCAUUGUCCUCAGCAAAGAAAGAUCAUAUAGACUAGUGCAUAUUGGAAAGCUAUACCCACACAUAUAUUAAUGAAAUUAUGCCUAAAUCUAAUACACUGUGUUGGUGCAACUUAGGAAAAUCAUGAACAAAAAAGUGAG